UUCUUUCCGCAGAAAAAUAUUUAGAACAAUCAUCUCUCUCUCUCUCUCUCUCUCGUUAAUUAGGGUUUCGAUCUCAUGGCCGGCGCCGGAAUCCACCCUUACCACCAGCAAUGGCCACCGGCAGGGGCACCGCCUCCUGCCGCCGCAGUCUCCUCAGCUGCUCCACCACAUCCCCCGCCCGUUCAUCACCAUCAUCCUCCUCCUCCUGUUUUAGUUGACAACCAUAAUCGUCCUCCUUAUGACGAGCUUCGAACAAUCUUCAUUGCAGGGCUUCCUGAUGAUGUAAAAGAGAGAGAACUUCUGAAUCUCUUAAGAUGGUUGCCUGGUUACGAGGCUUCUCAGGUGAAUUUCAAGGGAGAAAAGCCCAUGGGGUUUGCUCUUUUCUCCACUGCUCAGUUUGCAAUGGCAGCCAAAGAUACUCUUCAGCAUAUGGUGUUUGAUGCUGACUCGAAGUCUGUGAUACAUACAGAGAUGGCCAAGAAGAAUCUCUUUGUUAAAAGAGGAAUAGUUGGGGAGUCAAAUGCUUAUGAUCAAAGUAAGCGCCUACGAACUGGAGGUGACUGCACACAUUCUGUGUAUAGUCCAUCUCCUUUCCACCCUCCACCUCCUCCAGUGUGGGGACCUCCUCAUGGGUAUAUGGCACCUGCACCUCCACCAUAUGAUCCCUAUGCAGGUUAUCAUGCUCCCCCUGUACCAAUGCCUGCGCCCGCACCUAUAGCAGAUCCUAGUUCAUAUGUGCCUGUCCAGAAUAUUAAGGAUAAUCCACCUUGCAAUACCCUAUUUAUUGGUAAUCUUGGGGAGAAUAUAAACGAAGAAGAAUUGAGAAGCCUCUUGAGCGCGCAACCUGGUUUCAAACAAAUGAAGAUUCUGAGACAAGAAAGGCAUACAGUUUGCUUUAUUGAAUUUGAGGAUGUCAAUAGUGCGACAAAUGUUCACCGUAAUUUGCAAGGUGCUGUUAUUCCAAGUUCUGGUUCAGUUGGCAUGAGGAUCCAAUAUUCAAAGAAUCCGUAUGGGAAGAGAAAGGAAGGUGGCGGCUAUUCUUUCUAUCCUUCUCCGAAUGCAAAUGGAGCCCAAGGAGCUCUGACAUAUCAGUAGGCCUUGAAGGGGGACGUACUCUCUUCUUUAUCUCGCAACAACUGCACGAAUAGGAUGCAUGUUGCAGGCAGUCCGCAUUGCAUCCAUUUUCAUUCUCGACAUUUUUUAAGCAUUAGCAUUGCUUCUUUGUCAUGUGAUGGAUGCAUAUAGUGUGACCUCAUCAACAUAACAUGUUUCAGUUCCUAUUAGCUUUGCUACAUGCAUUCGCAGUGUGGUUUUUGAUGAUUGUUUUGAUUCUGUAGGAGUUUGGUUUGCCAUUUAUUUAUCUUAUUACGGCUUUAACACAUCACUUUGUGGGAUUCAUUUUCAUCAUUCUAAUCGAUUCAUCCCGAUGAAACUCCAAUUGCUAUGUUAGCUAGGAAAUAACAUAACAUUACAUUAGAUCAUAACCAUGAUAACAUCCAGAGGCCUCUCAUCAACUUCGUUUCACUGCAUGGACAUGGAGUGUUGCUCUCAUGAUGAUCGAUUUAUUCUAAUGAAACUCCAUUUGCUCUGUUAGCUUGAUAUAACAUAACAUUACAUUAGAUCAUAACAUGAUAACUUCCAGAGGCCUUUCAUCAACUUCGUUUCACUGCAUGGACAUGGAAUGUUGCUCUCAUGAUCUGUCACAUCGGUGUCAUUCAGCAUUUCCCAUGUCAAUCAGCUCUGUUCUUACUUUGGCUCAUGAACAAAGCGCAUCCAUUUUGUCAGUUGUUGAGUUGACAGCUAAUUUAAAAUUUGAAGAUAGGCACGCCAUUACAUUGUAGGUUUAUAGUUUAGCAAACAUAUAGACAUUCCCAGCUCUGGCGUGGCCUUAUGCAGGGACAAUCAGUAAAGAGAAAGCCAAGGCUCUCGAAUAGAGAAGUGGUUCACCUACAAAGUUGAGGUAAGAUCAUCUUCCGACGUCCAGGAACAGAGCCAGGAGUUCCUAAGAGCCUAGCAUGUUUCAAUGGAGUCUACUGAUCCAAUGCAACUAUCUCUUGUCUAACUGAUGUUACUGUACGGCUUUGGCCUACUUGACUCUGGAUGUGAAGUCCGAAGCGAAUUUAGUGACUCUUCUUUUUGUGCUUUUCUUUAAAAUGAGCAAGUUUGUCCUCCAUUUUCGUAAAGAACGUUGUUUUUAAGCU